CCUACACUUACUACUACUACUACUACUAAUAGCUAGCUUCAGCUAGGGUCGUGUAGUGGAACAAAGCGAGAGGGAGACCAAAGAGGACCUGGGGGUCCGGGCUCGCUCCUUGCUUUUCUCUCUACUCCCAUCGUCUGCUCACCAGAUGUCGCUCUGGUCGCUUGCGGCAGUCCUCUUGGCCCUCCUCUGGGCGGUGGCCGGUCGUGUCGACCAGCAUGGCUCCCUAUGCCGCGUCCUGCCCGAGGGCGACGGCCAGGACGACAGCCCGUCGAUUAUUGAGGCCUUUGACAAGUGUGGCCAGGAUGGCAGCAUCGCCUUUGAGUCAGGGGCUCCAUUCAGCGUCCAGCAGGUGAUGAACACAACGAACCUCACCAACUGCGACGUUGAUUUCUCCGGCGCUCGUCUCGUCUUUUCGACCGACGUGGCCUACUGGCUCCAACACUCCCUCGACGUCGUCUUUCAGAACCAGUCGACGGCGUGGCUCAUCGGCGGGCACAACCUCACCAUCCGCGGCGGGAUCUACGAUGGCAACGGGCAGGUGUGGUACGAUGAGAACCAGAACCAGAGCAACCAGCCCGGCCGGCCCAUCUCCAUGACCAUCUACAACUCGACCGACGUCGUCGUCGACGGCCUCACCUUUGAUCAGCCCCAGUUCUGGGCGCUCUUCGUCUCCUACUCGCGCAACGUCACCCUCAGCAACAUGGCCGUCAGCGCCGUCAGCAAAUCGCAGUGGCGCACCGUCAACAGCGAUGGCCUCGACACGUGGAACUCGGACCAGGUCCUGGUCACAAACUGGACCGUGACCAACGGCGAUGACUGCAUCGCUGCCAAGGGCAACACGACGAAUCUGCACGUCCGCAACGUUACUUGCCACGGCGGCAACGGCAUGACGAUUGGCUCCGUGGGCCAGUACCCGGAGACGCCCGACUUCGUCGAGAAUGUCCUGUUUGAAAACAUCACCGUCACCGAUGCGAUUAAUGCGGCCUUUAUCAAGACGUGGCAGGGCGUCCCCGUCGAUAAUAGCACGAACGGUGACGGUGGCGGUGGCGGCUCGGGCUACAUCAAAAACAUCACCUUUGCCGACUUCAUCAUCAACGAAGUCGCCCUGCCCAUCCAAAUUACCCAGUGCAUCUACAGCGAACGCAAGGGCAGGAAAAAGGACUGCGAGUCGUCCAAGAUGGCCAUCCUCGACGUGGCUUGGCGAAAUGUGAGGGGGACGACAAAGUACAACAUUGCUGCCUCUCUGCACUGCGCGGCAAGCCACCCGUGUCCCGGCGUGCGCUUCGAGGACGUGGAGCUUGUGUCGGUGAACCAGAGCAUCGGUCUGCCCAACUAUGGCGUCGAAAGGCAGGACGAGAUCAUCCAGUGCGCCAAUCUCGUCGACGCGGCGGGCAUACCCUGCAACAAGUAUGCGCCCGCCGACUUUGGUCAAUUUGUCGGGGGCAACGUUCCCUUUGAUUAUGACGACCAUCAAGAAAACACGGCUACCCUUUCUACCGUUCUCUUCAAGGCUCAGAGGCUGGGCCGAACGAGGCAGCGGUGACCGCGCAAAUACCCAAGCAAAGGGGCGAAUGCACAGCCCCAUAGAGACACGUAUUCUAGAAAUAGAGAAGACCAUGCCAUUAGCAGCUCAGCGACCGCAGGAACAGGGCGACGAAAAGAUAAAGAAAGAGGUGAGAACAAGGGUG